CGACUCAUACUCCGACGCGACUUUCCUCUGCACUCAGCACGACGACGACCAUGGCCGCCCCCAACCCCAACCCGCUCCUACGAAUCCCGCGCUUCGACAAGCACGGGCACUUCCUGCUACACAUCACGCCGACCUCGGCGGACUCACCAUUCCCGCAAAACCUCGCAUGCACGAUCAAAGCCACGGAGGGCGAGCGGGCAUUCACCUUGACGCUCGACUCCGCGAAGCUGCUAAGCUCCAAGAACGAGAAGUUCGCCGGCAGCGAUAGCGAGCUCCUAGAAAUCUGGGGGUGGGUGCUAUUCCGGCGGCCUGUGGAGCCCAGGUUGCUCGCGAAUCUGGAUGUUGACUUUGCGACUGUGGGCGAGGACGGGUUCGGGCUCCGCCUCCGCCGCAUCUUCGGGCGCGUAAAGCAAACGCUCGCGACGCUGUUGAUUCCGUGUGACCCCAAUGCGGAGAUCGAGAUAUUUGAGUGGGCAUGCGCGGCAGUGGCGCGGCUCGAGGCGGCGGAUGUGGCCGGGAAGAUCCAGGAGGAGGCGGGCGCCGUGGAUGAGCUUAAGCAACAGCUCGAGGAGCUGGUGAAGGCAAGGAAGGAACAUGAGGAGCUGUUGGUGGAGAGGUUUGUUAGGGUGCUGGAGGAGAAGAAGAAAAUGAUAAGGGAGUUGGAAGGGAGGUUGCUGGAGAAGGAGCAGGAGCAGGGGAGGGGGGAGGAGGGGGAGGAGAGGGACGCGGGGGAGGAACCGGAGCCGGUGAUGGCGAAGGGCAAGGCCAAGGCGAAGGGGAAACGCAAGGCUUCCCCACCCCCGCCGCCGCCUACACCGCCUGCGCGCGUAACGAAGAAAGCGCCAGCCAAGAAAGCGCCCGCAAAGAAACCCGCCCCCGCCGCGCGCGCCACAAGAAGUCGGAAACCGGCUCCUCCACCAUCAGAUACCGAGGACUCCUCCGACGACAACAGGAUGGAGGUUGAUGCUGGACCGUCACGGAAGGCCGCUCCAGUGGCGGACGAUGAAACAGCACUCACCGCCUCCGACGACGAUGAAGAUGAGCCGCAGAGUGAUGCCAAACAGAGCGAGGAUGAUGACGAGCUCCCGCCCGUGCGGAAGCCGAUUGCGUGGGCGGCGAAGGCUGCGCAGCCUCUGCAGCCGCCGGCAGCGGAGAAGAAGGUGGAGAAGCCGGUUGAGAGGGUGGAGAAGAAGGUGGAGUAUGAUGCCGCCGAUGAUACCACGGAUGAUGAUGAGUUGUAGCGAGGCGAGGAGGGGAUCUGUUAGCUACCUAUUUUGUUUUUGUUUUUCUUUUGAGUUGGGUUGUUUGGUUAUAUUUGCAGCAUUUUGGAUAUUCAUGCUUUCUCUGGAAGAAGCGUGGACGAGUGAGAAUUGAUAGUUACUGCCUAGUACAU